AUGGCAGACAAUCAACCAUCCACCCCAUCCGCCGCAGAGGGCUUCCAGCUUCUCAAUAGCCAGAACUAUCCCGCAAAUUACGGAUACCGUGAAGCCAACCGUCUUAAUCUUCAGCAUUUUCUCUGGAGAGAAAGUUUCCAGUUUAACAUACACCCUUCCAUUCUCCCUCGUAUUAUCUCCAGCCCUCCGAGCGAAGCUCCUCUCAAUAUCGCUGAUAUCGUCUGUGGCACUGGGCUUUGGUUGAUGGAUGUUGCACGCGAACUGCCCAAGGCACAACUCGAUGGGCUGGAUAUCAACUUGGCCCUGGCCCCUCGCGAGCUGCCAUCAAACAUCGCCUUUCGCGAGUGGGAUCUCUUUCAGAACCCUGUCCCCCCUGAUCUCGUGGGGAAGUACGACCUGAUCCAUGUACGCUCGCUGGCAAUGAGACUGGCUGGCAAGGACCUCAAGUCUGUUAUCGGAAGAUUAUACCAACUACUUAAACCCGGUGGAUACCUACAAUGGGAUGAAUCAGACUACAAAAACAUGGGCGUUGCAAAGACUGAACCUGCAGUGACAGCACCAUCUCUCACGGAGCUUGCUAAACUAUGGCAUUCGGAUGGGCGCCAUGACUGGACGAUAGCAUUGCCUCAACUGCUGGGCGAGGAGGGAUUCCAGACUCUAGUUAAUGAACACUUUGAUGAUAAGCCUGAGUUGGUAACGGCGUUUCAUAGCCUGCAUCUUUUGACUCUAGAUGAGUUUGCUUUGGCGAUUAUUCGCAUGGGAAAGCAUGAGGCGGCGGCUCAGAUCUUUAAGAUGGUUAGUGACGGUAUUGAAGAACAUAGACAAGGUGCAACAUUGUCUAUUCCACGGCUUGUGGUUGUCGCGACCAAGUGA